AUCACAAUUCGACAUUUUCUGCAAAUCAUGCAGCCCUACCAGGGUUGAAAAAAAUGUAAUUGAAUUAUUGUUAUAAUGGAAGUUCAGCCGAUAAUUAUGUCUGAUGAUGUGCGGACAAGAGAUGACACUUAAAACCUGGUUGCCAUGGAGAUUAACGUUCCGGUAUCGGUCACAACAAACAGAUAAUUGUUAUCAUUAUUGGCCCCCUCCUCUGUUGCUCGUCCUGAGGUUUCUCCUGUACAGCUUAAUUAUUUUUAUUACAUAUAAAAUUGACUUGACUUGGCCCUCAAAUUCCAUAUUGGUGCAUCUGAGGAUGACCAUCACCUGUCCCUUCAUCUCAGUGAUAUUAAAGUGAUAUUAGUUGGUAUUCAUGUCUUAUCAGCAGGCAGGAAGCAGCCGUCAUGGUUAAAUGUUAGAAUGGCGAGCAUCCGAAUGAAGCAACACGGAGGCAUGUGGGUGUACAUAAGCAUAUAAAUUAAAUUCUUUCUUUUACUCAUUAGCUUUUUAAUACAAAACAAAACUUUUUGUUAUUACAGAUAGAGACAGGUUUCACGUCGCAAAACCUGAGAUCCUCCUUCUGUUUCUGGUCUCCAGAACACUUUCAUACAGACAUUUAUUAUUAUUAUUAUUAUUAUACGUGUGUCUCAGUGGUGUAGUUUGUAUAGCAGAAAUGCUGCACAGUUAGCCCCGUGUUGUAAGGGCGGAUACUGCCGGGUUUCAUGGUCACAGAGAGGAAGGAGGGCGAGGAGUGCUGCUGCCCUCCCACAUCUGACCCAGAGGUUGUGCAAUAGGCCUUCUCAUCAGACAAACGGCUUUAAGCUGCUGGAACCACAAAGAGAUCCACAGGGCAGCUGCCAGAGCAGACUGAAGUCUUUUACUGGGCUUCUGUUGUUGUUCUUAGAGGCUCACCUAAAACCAUGCAGAGGAAUCGUUCUGCUGGCGAGCAUGAAGCUGUGAUGGGUUUCAUGGAGCUGACUUGUGUUCAGAUACCAAACGGACCUUCGUGCUUUUUAAGAACUCUAUUUUUUCGACAACAUGGCAGAGAGUCAGAGUAACUACUGGGGACAACAUGACCUGAGCAGAGAGCGCUUUGGCCUGAGUGCUGACAUGGAACAGAACCUGACGGAGCUCCAACCACAGCCAGCGCAAUUUAACUACAACAUCUCCGUCUCCCAGUCUCCUUUCUACUCCGAUACGUACCGCCUAGCGUCUGAUAACGUACUACGGCCCCAUGAGGGAGACCAGGUGGUCCCUUCUUUCCAGAGACGGAGCGCGUUCGGGGGCCACCAGAGAGAAGCCAAACCGCUGCCGCCUCUGCCCGACCCCGAGGAGCUCAUGUCUGAUGAGGCCGCCGACAGCGAGGUGGAGUUUUUCACCAGCGACCGACGGCGCCUUUUGCCCAAAAGCUGCCCCAAGGCCGUGUGCAGGGGCACGAACAGAGACUUUGGCCAGGUGAACUACGCCUACCAGGAAGGCUCGUUGCGGGCCAGUGGUGCCGGGACCAACUCCGUGGCGUUCUCUUGGCCGAGCAGGGAGGACAGACCGACUGGUAGAGGAAGCGGCUUUUGGGCUCUAGCUCUCCAGAGAGACGACCACCAGCAUGUGGUGUCAGCAGUCGGGGACCAAUCAUCUAGACUCCGGUUUCAGCCUCUCCACAGCAGCCCCGCUGACAAGCCUCUCGUUCCUCCUCGUAUCCCCAUCCCGCCAAAGCCUCCCUCAAAGACUGUGAGCGCCAACGAGGAGGACAAGCCUCCUAAAGUUCCUCCACGGGUCCCUUUAGUCCCACCCUGCCCACCGCGUACCCCGAGCCCCAAAAGCCUUCCGAUUUACAUCAACGGCGUGAUGCCUGCCACGCAGAGCUUUGCUGCUAACCCAAAAUAUGUGAGUAAGGCAUUACAGAGACAGCAGAGUGAAAGAGCGCCCCCUGCGGCUCCGUUUUCUCCCUGCAUCGUUCCCAUUCUGAAGGACGGCAGACAGGCCAGCGCCACACACUACAUCCUCCUGCCGCCGGGCCGACCGGCGUACUCGGACAGACGAGAGAGACUCAUGAGUGAACCGGCCAGGACGGGAAACGGCAGCGUCUGGCAGAACAGAUAGAAGCCCUUGCUUAUGUCUGAAACUUGAUGAGUACAAAACUGUGACUGACAUCAUUAAAGGGACUGUUUGUAACUUUUUAAGCGUAUAAAUGUACCGGGUUGGGACAUAUGCGCGUUCGCCAAUGGCCGGAGCCUCUCCUCCUCUGCUUGCCUUCACUAACACAGCGCGCGCGUGUUCUCGCUCUGCUCGCUCCACCUCUCACGUGCAUGCUGCUCACUCCACACUGCAGAAGAGUUAGUUUAGCUCUGAGAAUAUCUAGUGAAUGUUCAGUGGACGUUUGUGCAGAAAUAACUGCUGCAGCUCCUCCAGACC